UAUUGUGUAUAGUGAGGAGUGUUUCACUCGUGCAAAAAUGGACAGUCUCAUAAGUAACGAAAUUGAUAAUUUCAGCAUAUUUGAAGUAGCCAAAAAAGAAUGUUACACAUUACUCGACAUGAUCUUAGACCAUUUACCAAUUUACGACUUCCACAUCGACUCUCAGGACGAAAAUGGUAACACCUUACUCCACAUAAUUUGUGCCAAAGGUGAGCAAACCAUAGCUCAACGACUGAUAAAUCUAGGUUGUAACGUGAACAUCUCGAACAAUAUUUGCGAAACUCCUUUAUACAUAGCGUGCUCUAAAGGCAAUUUAUCUCUCGCUAAACUCCUAGUCAAGAAUAACGCCGACUUGGAUAUCACCGACACAAACUCGCGCUCUUUGCUGCACUUAACCGUCGAAAAAAACAAUCUUGAAUUGUGCAAAUUUCUCAUCGAUUCCGGAGUGAACUUAAAUCCUCAAGACUCCUCCGGAGCGACUCCUCUCCACUACGCCGUCGAUCUGAACUUUCCAAAAAUAAUUUCUCUCCUCGUACACAAAGGCGCCGAUGUGAAUCGUCAAGAUUUGGAUGGUUACACGCCUCUACACAUCGCGUCGAAAACAAACGCCCAAAUUGUGAGAUUCCUGCUGCGAAAUAAAGCUGCCACAAACAUAAAAACCUUCAACGGCGAUUUACCCCUGCAUCUUGCUGCGUCAUCUGGCAAUCAGGCGGCUGUAACAGUUUUGCUAAAUGACGAAUUCAGACCUAAUUGUUUGAAUAAUGACAAUUACAGCCCGGCCCAAUUGGCCGAAAUGAAUGGCCACGAAAAGGUAGCACACUUAUUGAAGCCUCCAAAUGUGAGCAAGGCACGAAGGAAAAGUCGAAUUAUCGCGUUGUAGAAACGUAAUUAUACGUUUUAAUCAAAUUUGGUGAAGUUUGUGUUCACACAAAGACGCUACUAAUUAAAAAUUAAGAUUUCAGCCUGUCUUGUAAAUAAUUAUUGUAAGUCUUUAAUUAAAUUCACAAUGAGAAUAAAA